ACUGCAGUGGUAUUAUUUAGCACAUUCGAAAGUGUUGCGUUCAUUGCGAAUAUUUUGGUGCGAGUGAAAAGUUAUUAAACCAACAAAGAAUGGCUUUCCGCAUACCUUUUGGCAAGAAGCACGCUGAAAUCGCGAGUUCCUUCAUCCGAUCUGGAGCCGGAUUCGGAGGAGCUGCUGGCCUGGCCGUGCUUUACUACACCGACUGGAAGCUGGUCCUGCAGUACGUGCCCAUCUACGGAUCCAAGUUCGAAAAAAGCGAGUAACCUUGCCUGCCGUAGUUGAAUCCACAGUUAGCUUCGAUGUUUUGCUUGGUGAAUAAAAUAAGUUAAAACGA